AUGUCUUCACGGCCGGAGCUGAAGGUCGAUGAUGAAGUCGGCUUUAUUCGCUUUUUCCGGUCGCUACCUGCUAAAGAUGCCGUUAAUGAAAGCAAUCCAACGACAAUUCGAUUAUUCGACCGCGGUGACUGGUACACAGCCCAUGGCACUGAUGCUGAAUUCAUCGCCCGCACCGUAUACAAAACUACCUCUGUUCUUCGAACACUAGGUCGAAGUGAUUCCGGUGGCCUGCCCUCUGUGACUUUGAGCGUGACAGUCUUUCGAAGCUUUAUCCGAGAGGCGCUUUUCCGUCUGAACAAGCGAGUUGAGAUCUGGGUCUCCGGGGAAGGCGGACGAGGCCAAUGGAGACUAGGAAAGCAAGCUAGCCCAGGAAACUUGCAGGAUGUUGAAGAAGAACUUGGUGGUGCAGGCGGAACGGCAAUGGACUCGGCGCCUAUCAUCCUUGCUGUUAAAGUCUCCGCUCGCUCGACAGAGGCCAAGAAUAUUGGUGUUUGUUUCGCCGAUGCCAGCGUUAGAGAGCUCGGUGUUAGCGAGUUCCUCGACAAUGACGUUUACUCUAAUUUUGAGUCGCUUGUGAUUCAGCUCGGCGUAAAAGAAUGUGUCAUUCAGCUUGACAGUUCAAAGAAGGAUGCCGAAUUGGGAAAGCUUAGAGCCAUUGCUGAUACUUGUGGAAUUGCUAUUACCGAACGGCCUGUGGCAGACUUUGGUACUAGAGACAUUGAGCAAGAUUUGACCAGACUUUUGCGUGAUGAGCGGUCAGCUGCAACUCUACCCCAAACAGAAUUGAAACUGGCCAUGGGUGCUGCAGCGUCUUUGAUCAAAUAUUUGGGGGUGAUGUCCGAUUCAACCAAUUUCGGGCAGUAUCAACUCUUCCAGCAUGAUCUUUCACAAUAUAUGAAGCUAGAUGCGUCAGCUCUACGUGCACUCAACCUAAUGCCAGGUCCCCGGGACGGGGCAAAGAGCAUGAGUUUGUACGGCCUCUUAAACCAUUGCAAGACACCAGUGGGAAGUCGACUGCUUGCUCAAUGGCUCAAGCAACCACUCAUGGAUAUCACUGAAAUCAAAAAGCGACAUCAAUUAGUCGAGGCAUUUGUCGUUGACACAGAGCUACGCCAGACUAUGCAAGAGGAACAUUUACGGGCAAUUCCCGAUUUAUAUAGGCUAGCAAAGCGCUUUCAGCGUAGCCAGGCAAACUUGGAAGACGUCGUGCGAGUCUAUCAGGUUGCUAUCCGCUUACCAGGCUUUAUUAAUAGCUUUGAGAACGUCAUGGACGAGCAAUAUCAGACUCCCUUGGAUGAGCAAUACACGACGAAGUUGCGCGGACUUUCCAACAGUCUUGCAAAACUUGAGGAGAUGGUUGAGACUACAGUCGACCUUGAUGCGCUUGAUCGUCACGAAUUUAUCAUAAAGCCAGAAUUUGAUGAUAGCCUCCGAGUCAUUCGGAAGAAGCUAGACAAGCUUAGGCAUGACAUGAAUGUGGAGCAUCGAACUGUCGCUCGGGACUUAAACCAGGACAUGGAAAAGAAGCUUUUCCUUGAGAACCACCGUGUUCAUGGCUGGUGCUUCAGGUUAACCCGGAAUGAAGCCGGUUGUAUUCGCAAUAAACGCGGGUAUCAAGAGUGCUCGACACAGAAGAACGGUGUCUAUUUCACCACCAAAACAAUGCAAGAACUCCGUAGAGAGCAUGAUCAAUUGUCAUCGAAUUACAACCGCACGCAGUCGGGACUUGUUCAAGAAGUAGUCAAUGUUGCUACUUCCUAUUGUCCAGUGCUUGAACAAUUAGCCGGGACACUGUCUCAUCUGGAUGUUAUUGUGAGCUUCGCGCAUGUAUCAGUCCACGCCCCAACAGCAUAUGUUCGUCCUUCAAUGCAUCCACGAGGUACAGGGAACACUAUUUUGAAAGAAGCGCGCCACCCAUGCAUGGAAAUGCAAGACGACAUUUCUUUUAUCACCAACGACGUUUCACUUGUGCGAGAUGAGUCCUCGUUCCUGAUCAUUACUGGACCGAACAUGGGUGGUAAAUCUACCUACAUUCGACAAAUUGGGGUCAUCGCGCUGAUGGCCCAGAUUGGCUGCUUCGUGCCAUGUACCGAAGCAGAGUUAACUAUAUUUGACUGCAUCCUAGCUCGAGUGGGGGCGAGUGAUUCCCAGCUCAAGGGUGUGUCGACCUUCAUGGCGGAAAUGCUUGAAACUUCGAAUAUUCUAAAGUCUGCCACCUCGGAGUCCUUGAUUAUCAUUGACGAACUCGGUCGAGGAACCAGUACAUACGAUGGCUUUGGUCUUGCGUGGGCUAUUUCCGAGCAUAUUAUUACCGAGAUAGGCUGCUUCGGCAUGUUUGCAACUCAUUUUCAUGAGCUGACGGCUUUGGCCGAUCGUUAUCCAAAGUCUGCGAAGAACUUGCAUGUCGUGGCUUUUAUUGGAGAUGGUAAGGAGCAAGAGGGCAAGAAGAAAAGAGAAGUCACACUCCUGUACCGCGUCGAGCCUGGCAUUUGUGAUCAAUCCUUUGGCAUUCAUGUCGCCGAACUUGUCCGGUUCCCAGAAAAGGUUGUCAAUAUGGCUAGGCAGAAGGCAGAAGAGCUGGAAGAUUUCACAUCAGCAACUGCUGAUAACCAGGAGAAGGAGUCCGCGGGUCUCGAUGGUUAUACGCAAGAAGAAGUAGAAGAAGGCAAUGCUCUGUUGAAAUCGAUGCUACUCAAGUGGAAGGCUGAGAUUGAGGGUCCAGGGAAGGAGAAUAUGACAACGGAAGAAAAACGCAAGAUCAUGCGUGAUUUAGUUGCAGCAGAUGAGAAGUUGCAGUCAAAUAAGAUGUUCCAGGGCAUCAAAGCUUUAUAG